AUGACCUUUGGCAAAUCGACAACCGCGCUUUCUCUCACCCUUUCAGCAGGCUGUUCACCGUCCCCCACAGUACGGAAUACAUUUAGCAAUGCCUACGACGGAUUUAGGUGCACCGCAUCCUUAUCCCCUGUUGGCGCCUCGUCUCCAAAAUCUGCUUCCCGAUCCGGAAAACGGAGCUCGUCUUACCUUUGCAACUACCAAGGAGUGGACGACGAAAUCCCGUACAAGCUUCCAUUAGGACUACGGAGUAUUCUGCGUAACUCUCCGCUUCAGACAUCCUCAUUACGACGGCCGUCGCUCGCUGCGCCAAGCGGUAAUGGCUCUAGCAAUGGGCACAACCAGCGCAAAGUGCUGUUCCCUGCGAAAAGGCAGGUCAAAUAUCGUUUCCCACUCGACGAAGAAAUCAAGACCAUCCGCUAUAUCGCGAAACACUCAGAUCUCUUAUCCCUGGAUUCCCCAUCGGGGCCAUUGGAUAUCAACACGUCAUCAGACGAGAGUGAGGAAUCGGACUCCUCUUUGUCACAGCCAGGCUCCUGCCUAUCAGAUGAUGAAGAUCCCAUAGCGUCAUCUAAGGAAGAUAGGAGGAAAAUCAAUCUUGCCAACGCCAAUAACCGCAACACUAGUGACGCCACUUCUGUUAAAAAUAGCAACUCAGCCUCGCCAGUCGUGCAGCGGCCACGAAUUGCUAAAAGAAAACAUUCCGCAAGCGAGCGACAAAUCAGAGCCGUCGCGCUUCGAGAAGAAUUAUCCGGUUCCGGUGGCACACAUGAUUACCGCGAUGACACUCCCGGAGCAUCGUACCUCCACCAACGACGGAAGCGGCCUUGCAAAUGGAGGUGGACCCUAGGCCCGGUUGAAAACGGCCACGCGCAGCCAAUUGAUGAUAAGACCCACUGCGGCAGUCCAAACCCUGAUGCGUCACUGGCGGUGAUGGCUCCUCACCAGCAGGCAACCGCACCACCGACAGCAAUGGACGUUCCUACGUUGAGCUGCCCGGCGCCCAGACAGCGGCUGAGCCCGCUGGUAAACACGACUGCUCCACCACGCAUGGACAUUCCGACACAGCCACAGGAAUCCUGUCCUCCCCAGGAUUCAAUGUGA